AUGUCUACCAUUCCUCAAACCCCCGUCGAGGCACGAUCACUGUCGUCGGUCACCAAUAUCGCAUCAAAUCCCCCCGCCUACCCGCGAAAUCCUACCCAUGAGAAGCACGAACCACUCUCUCUCUACAUUGUGCGCGUACCAGGAAGCAAAGACAUUUUCCUCUCACCUCUCAAACCACCGACGAAAUCCAGUGUCUCCGCUGAGGCUAUCAACGCCUCUCUUUACUACCUCCAUGUCGCGACUCCCGACGAUGAUACCCUGCUCAAGGAAGUGGAGGAAGAGCGCCAAGAGCAGGCCCAAUUACGCAAGGAGCGCCUCGAGAAAGCGGACGCCGAUGACCCAGCACAACGCGAGUUCGUGCGGUUGAACAAUUUGGUGGAGGAGGAGGGGACCCCAAACCCGAGCCUUUGCCGGCACCGCCUCAACAGGAUGCCACUGCUCCCCCCCGCCUUGCCUUCACGUCCAAUCCCUGUGCUGCAGGAUGAUAUUGCUUCUCCGGCCUUACCGCCACGUCCAAUUUUAGUGUCGCAGGAUUCCACUGCUUCUCCGACCUUGCCACCACGGCCAAUCCAUAUGCCGCAGGUUACUGCGGAGAAUGUAUCUUUUUCUGGGACUCCAGUCGCCAACAUACAGCCUCCUUUGAAUAAUAACAUCCCUGGAGGAGUAUCGGUAGAAUCGGGUGGUAAGAGCGGUGCGCCGCAGCGACCUUUGCCCCCCUUACCGCCUGGUGAAGAGCCAUGGGCCAAUUCCGCAACAGGCGAAGACCCGUCUAAAAGGACAUCCCGAUGGAGCGCAUUUACCGAACAAUUGCAAACCCGGGGAGAAAACUGGAAGGAGAAGUAUGAGGCAAAGUACGAGGCACUGUCGGCUGGCCGUCAUAGCCUUGACUCUUCUAGACCGCAUUUUCGGCCACGUUCUUCGCAUAACCGUACCGAAUCGCCAUUAGGAAGCCCGAGGCAAUCUCCUAACCGGCAUAGAAACGCACAUGGCAACCCUCCUAGCAAUGCUGGCUUUCAUAUCACGCUCAUUCGACGUGAUCCCACCUCUGGUACACAAUGGAAUGUGGCAACUAUAUCAACCCCCCGAAUGGACCGCAACACCGUCGAUAUCGAGAUCUCCACGCCGGGAUAUAAUAGGUUCGCGGGCUCAAAUGAAAUGCCUUCAUUAUCCAGCGUUGCAGGUAAUAUCCCGACGGGAAUUGGACGCCUACCCACCUCUGCCAUUGCCCAGUCCUUAGCCACCGAGCAACAAAAGCAGCAGCCAACCGGCCCACGCAAGUUCCACCGCCAACUCUGCGUAUCAAAGCCAUUCGACGAUUCUGUUGCCGCAGAUGGCAGCAACAGCCACACCCCAGAUGUCCUAUCCAAACUGAAAAGCGGUUAUUACGUCUUCACUUCUCCUUGGAAUGGCACAUGUACCUUUACAAACAGCGUGAACGGCCGAAGUCUCAAAUGCAAACACAUGAUUCCAACACCCGGCGGCUUCGUUCCCCCCAACGGCGAAGCAGAAGCACCCCCCUGCCCAAAUCUCCACUCGCACGUCCACCAUGCAACCCACAAACCCCAUCCAAACCACCUGUCCCCCUUCACGCAAAGCCAAAUCCAAACCCAAUCCCUCCCCCGCCUGAACGACAACCCAAACGACAACAACAACUACGAUGGAGGACCACUCGAACCAUCCUCCUCUAACAACAGCUACACAUCUACAAAGCGCAACUCCCUCUCCCAACUCCUAAACCCAAACACCUAUUCCCGGCCGCGGGCGCACACAGGCCCAGGCUCACAUCCACCAACUCUCCCCGCCUCAACGCCCACGGCCUCGCGCGCAAAUAUGAGCCCCUCAACUCUCCUCCGCAAAACCUCUAUGCGCGCGCAACGUUUCGCGCGCCAGAGCCAGUUCCACCCAGUUUCCCACCACCGCAGUACGAGUAAUAGUAGUGGUGGGGAUUUGGAUCAUGAUUCUGAUGAGGAUCGCUUGGAUUUCUCGCUUGCUAGGGAGCCUGCUGGUGGUGGAUUAAGGGGGAAGAGUGCGAAACUGGGCAAGUUGGUUAUUGAAGAUGAGGGGAUUAAAAUGCUUGAUCUGGUUGUUGCGGCUUGCAUGGCUGUUUGGUGGAGAGGCUUCUCUUUGAUUGAGCGUGUCAUCCUUAGUGCAGGGGCCAUGCUAAUCUUCUCUGUAUAUUUUCAUUUGACCAUAUGCCCCGAAGGGCGAUGUAUGGAUUCGUUCAGUUCAUUAUAA